GAGGGAAUGAACAGUCACUGCAGACUCCUGUAGUUCCCCAUCCAUGAUCAAGAUAAAUAGACUCAGCAGCCGCGUUUAGUUGUACAUUUCCUCUAGCAGGAUGUUGGUCAAGAUAUUAGUCUGUGUCCUGUUUGCUGGAUUCGUCGUGGAAUCCAGUAUCAUUUCUCGCUGCAGGCUAGCAACAGAUCUGAGGGAAUCUGGAAUCAGGCGUAGUCUAAUACCUCACUGGGUUUGUUUAGCUGAAGCAGUAAGCAACCGGAAUACAACAGCAAGAGGUGGACCAUACGGUGGAGGUGUCUACACAUACGGUAUCUUCCAGAUAGGAAGUAACAUUUGGUGUGAUAUUGGAAGGAGGGGGAAAAAAUGCAAUGCUAACUGCGAAGACUUGAUUGGAGAUAAUGUAUAUGAAAGUAUCAGCUGUGCCAUUGAAAUUUACGCCGAAUACGGAUUCGAUGCAUGGAGUGGAUGGGUAUCCAAGUGCAAAGGCAAACCAAUCCCAGACAUUUCCCACUGUCUCUAGGAAAUCCAUUUCUAACUAUACAUCAACAGCGGCAGUUACUGAUGGCAGAGAUUAAGAAAAGAGAGAAAACAGGAAUAGCUAGAAUGUGCUGGAGAAUGGAGACGAUCUCUGGAAAUUGAUAAAGUAAUGGAGAGACAAAAGAUCA